GCCAUCAGUCUUAACCGUCAUAGCUCACGUUUUGAUUGUUUUAUUAUAUUUUGAAGAGGGGAACUAUCUUUUUUAUUUGCACACGGAGUUUUUUUUUUCUGAUAUUAUAGUUUACUUGCAGUUUCAUGUCGACUUGUGUGGGAUUGAAUUGUAUCUCAGCCUCCAUGGACGCCCGUUUAAUCCAACUCAAUCGUUUUUUCGGGGAAUAUUCUGUCCUGGCCGUGAGGAGCACAGUUAAAAUGCGAUGACAUACGUCAACAAAUGAGCGGCGAUCUCACGGACAUUUCCGAAACAAUCUCCACAAUAUUAUUUUCGAAGGAGACCGUGCGUUUGAAGAUGAAGUACAACUCCAGCAUCUUUCUCACUUGAGCGGACCAUGGACGUCACUUCACUUCAGUUUUUUUCCUAAUGGGAACGCACUGAAUACGAAUUUAAAUGCUCAUAAACUUCCAUAUACACCCUGAAAACACCUCAACUGCCAAAACUCAAGCAUUUCUACUUUUGACUGAAGCGUCUGAUCCUGUCAAGCAGCUCAACAGUCAGUGGUCUGAGUACAUUAAGUGGUUAAACCUGGACAAGGUGUUUCACCGAGGAAUGUCCAGGCCAAAUUUCUCAAUAUUACCACCUGACCUUCCAGCAGGGACCAGUCCACAGCUCGGUCUCCGCAACCCUGCAGGUACCACCACCAAUGGCCACCUGAAUAAUUCCAUGGCCAGUCUGAAAACCCUUCUUCAGCUGCCUAUUAGGGACCAGAGAGGGAAGGACUGCUGUGAGAUGAAAGUCUCAGAUAAAGACAAACCUCUGGACUCUGAUGAGGAUUCGCUGGGUGGAGGUGCAGGUAUGAACGGUGGAAAUGGUGUCCUGCGUUCCACCAACCAGUCCGCCUUCCUGGGCCCAUUGCUAUGGGAGCGCACCUUGCCAUGCGACGGCGGCCUCUUCCAGCUACAAUACAUGGACUUGGAGGAGUUCUUGACGGAGAACGGUAUGGGGUGCAUGCCAUCAGGGAACACCUGCAGUACGGCUGCACAGGUCCCGUCUCAGAGCACACAGUCAGCCGUACCAAGCCAGAGCUCCCAAUGUCCACCUUCAUCCUCUCCGCCAUGCUCUUCUUCAGCCUCCUCUAUAUCUUCCCUCUCCUCAUCGUCUUCAUCUUCCUCUUUACUGGGUCUGGACGUGCCACAGGGCCCUGGAUUGCUGGGAGGUCCAGAGUGUCUGCAUGGGGCUCAAACUGUACCACCUGAUCCUUCUCAGAGCCCCUCAUGCCCGCCUCCGCCGGUGGUGCCACCUACCAAUGCGGCUGAUGUGAUGGUGAACUUUGACCCCGACCCUGCUGACCUUGCCCUGUCCAGUGUGCCAGGCCAGGAGGCGUUCGACCCACGCCGGCAUCGCUUCUCAGAGGAAGAGCUGAAGCCACAGCCGAUGAUCAAGAAGGCCCGCAAGAUGCUGGUGCCAAAUGAACAGAAGGAUGACAAGUACUGGUGUCGGCGCUUGAAAAACAACGAAGCAGCAAAGCGUUCUCGUGACGCCCGUCGGCUGAAGGAGAACCAGAUUUCAGUGCGAGCAGCAUUCCUGGAGCGGGAGAACGCCGCGCUACGGCAAGAGGUCGCCGAUAUGCGGAAAGAGCUAGGCCGCUGUCGCAACAUCAUCAACAAAUACGAGAGUCGCCAUGGAGACUUAUGAAAAGGAGAAACAAAGAACGCAAGCGAAAGAACGAAACAGUUACUGAUUUUCAAAUGGCGUUUCAAGGGCUGUUCAACUCAUCCUGGAAUAGCGUUUUCUCGGUGCGUUUGCUUCAAGUAAGCACUACGACACUCUGCGCACACACUUUUUCUUUCGUACGUGCAGCGGGCGUUUGCUGUGUGGUGCUUGGUUGAAACAAAUACUUGAAAAUGGUGGUUCAAAGUUGAACAGCCCCAGCGCGAGGGAUGUGCACAAGGUCUACAUGUAAGCACAAGCGUAUUUCACAAGCGCCGCUUCUUCUCCUACGAUGCCACCCCUAACCUUGACUGUGCAAUCCAAUCUCUCAUAAAUGCUCACGGAUCAUAAAGGCAGAUCAUUUAUAAUGUCAGGUAGCCCUUGUGAACAUCCUCUUUCUAUAUAUACGGGAUGAUUUUUCUCAGAGAGAGAAUUAUAAAGGAGGUGUGGUGGAAAUGUAAUUUUUUUUCUAUGACAAAAAACACAUUGUAUAUUUUUGAACUGUUAGGGUCAGCUAUAAUAGAGUAGCGGAGGAGGGAACGCGGAAGGAGGCGAGAGCGCGAAAGAGAUUUUGACAUAGGAAAACUGUAUAUUUUUAUACUUGCAGAAGCAGGCAGGCGAUGAGAUUUUGGAAAUAAUCUUUUUUGUAUAUUUUAUAUAUGGGUGGGAGGGUUUGGGGAGCUGGACUGAAAGAGGGCUACAUGAAGAAAAAGUCAGGAUUGUUAUCAUUACAUGAUAUAUUUUCGACAUCAGGGGCAGGUCAGGAAAAUCAAGACUUAUAGGAUGAAUGUCAGGAAAGAAACGGAGCUGAUAAGGAACAGGGAAAAAUAGUGUAUAGUUUCACAUUUUUCAUCAUGGGUUUGUUCAAGCACUUGUUUUGGUAUCUUUUUCUUAAAAUUCGGUGUGUGUGUGUGUGUUAGUUUUAUCCUGAGGUGAGAAGGAGACUGAAAGAGAGAAAGAAAGAGGAAUAAUUUUUCAUGUAUAUAUUUAAAUGUUGAAGCAAAUACGUCCACACACACACACACACGCACACACACACACACACAUACAUACACAGACAUGCACACACUUUUUAACACAAAGUGGUUAUUUAAGGCCAGUAUGAUUUAAAUAUAUACAUAUAUGCACACAGACCUUUUAAAGACAUGAACCACAGAACUGUUUAACAGCAAUAUAAUUUCUCUCUUUCUCUCUUCCUCAAGCUUUUGACAUUGUGAUUGGUGCUGGAUUGGCAUUUCUCACCCAGGUUGAGUCGGAAGCGAGUGGGUUGCAUGCUGGAGCAUGCUCGUGUAUUUUUCCAACGCAGGAAAAAACACUCUUGGUGUUUACGACCGUCAUUUUCUAUGGUGCUCACCCAGUUUCUUGACCCAAACGCACAUAACCUGUUUGCCUAUAACCUUUACUCUUAUAUGAUUUCUUAUGAUUAUUGUAUGAGGAAUCGUAUAUAUAUAUAGACCUACACAAGUAUAUCUAUACAUCUCCUCAAAAUUAACCCCACAUCCCUCAAAAAAGACAUGCACCCUAAUACUACUGUACCAUACAAAGUACAAUAUUAUAUUAUAUAUUAAAUAUUAAACUAUUCUCUCACUAGAUAUAUGUGUGUACAUGAGUAUAUGCUUGAAUAUGUGACUUUAGAUGUAAUUUACAUAACUUGAAUAUAUAAAUGUAGUAUCUUUCCGAUGAAAAAAAAAAAUUAUACAGAUCUGAUUUCUUAUCAGUUUUCUCAGGUGUCUGGGAUGACUUUGAAGAAAAAAAGAAACGAAACAUGCCACGCUGAUCAGCAAAACUGUGGCUCUUUUUGCUUGAUUGUUGUCCAAUUUUUUUGGAGCCAGCUAGCUGACUUAAUUCCACGGAAAUGAAUAGUGCACUACCAACUAUUUUUGGAGGAAGAUUCUGUUUUAAAAAACAAAAAGGAACAAAAAGAAAAAAACUGUGCUGGAUAUAUAUAUAAAAAUAUAACUUUAUUACUUUACAGAUAGGAAUUAAAUGUCUUUUCCUUUUGAACCUUGAUGUUCUAUUAUUACAAUUGCUUGCAUUAUCAUUGCUGUUGUUAUAAUUAUAAUUCUUGCGUUUCUUUUCAGCGUUUUCUUGCAACGACUUACUUUUCAAAGGAAAUGUAAUGCUCUCUUACCUCCCUUGUAACUGCAAGACCAUCUCGAAUUAUUCUGUCGAGCCCGUUCACUGUUGGAUCCAUCCACCGAGACUGUGCAAGGCCUCAAGUGCAAUGGGGGGCCGUAAUCUUGUCCUUGUGUGUAUGAAUUUGCUAUAACCUGAAACAAACACACAGUAGACUGACUGUUCCUUUCUCUUGACAGAACAACUUCUACCACCUUUGACUAGCUCCUUUUUUUGAUGCCAAGUCAAAGAUGUACCGUUUGUUUAAAAGAAGCUUCUAAAGCAAGCGAAGGUUGAAACCUUAAAGAGCUUAAAAACUUUUGACAGUGCUAUUUUUAUAUGUAACUGUGUGCACAUAACUCUUUCAUGGGCAUUAGUAGCUCGGUGUCACUUUUGUGGUGGCGGCGCGUUGCUAAAUGUUAUUGCGGGUAUUGUAAUCAUCAUUUGAUCCCUUUCCACGUGGAUUAUGAACAGCUCCCUGUUUGUGACUGUUAUGAACUUUUGAAUCCCAUGAGUGCACCACUACCAAACAUCACUUGGUAAUGUCUACUGUUCCUGCCUAUAGGGAUGCUGGGAAAUGUGGUCUGGCUUUUUCCCCUCAAACACCAAUAAAUAAUUACCCCUAUUCACUGACAA